CCCUUCCCUACAACAAACAUGGCCGCGAAAUCCGAUGGUGCUCCCGUCUCUCCGCGAAACGAAGCCCCACCCGAGUGUCCCGCCCGCCCGGAGCCGCGGCCCCCACAGCCCCGGGCCGGCGAGCAGCGGUACACCCUGCGGGACUUCUGCUGGACGCUCUGCGCCCUCCUGGUCUUCUUCUCGGACGGGGCCUCAGACCUGUGGCUGUCCGCCGACUACUACCUCCGGCGGGAGUACUGGUGCUUCGCUCUGACUCUGGUCUUCGUGAUCGUCCCGUCCGUGGUGGUCCAGGUGCUGAGCUUCCGGUGGUUCGCCUUCGACUUCGCGAGGACCGUGGAGAGCGGCACGGCGGCGGCCGCGGUGGUGGCGGCGGCGGCGUCCGGAGCGGAGGAGGGCGACCUCAGCACCAAGGACAGCGGCGAGUGGGGCGCUGGCCGGGCUGCUGCCGCGGCGGGCACCGGGGGAGGAGUCCGGGGCUGCUGCAGAGCCGUCAUGUGGCUCUUUCAAGCCGUCAUUCACGUCUUUCAGCUGGCGCAGGUCUGGAGGUACGUCCACGCCUUGUAUUUGGGGGUGCAGAGCCGCUGGCACGGAGACCCCGAGCGCCGCCACUACUACUGGCGCAUGAUGUUCGAGAACGCCGACAUCAGCAUGCUUCGUCUGCUGGAGUCCUUCCUGAAGAGCGCCCCUCAGCUGGUGCUGCAGCUCAGCAUCAUGAUCCACACCAGCCAGGUGCUGCCCCUUCAGGGGCUUUCAGCUUCUGCCUCACUGCUAUCCCUCGCCUGGAUGAUCUCCUCCUAUCAGAAAGUCCUGCGAGACUCUCGGGACGAUAAGCUGCCCAUGACCUACAAAGCCGUCAUAGUUCAGAUCCUGUGGCACUUGUUCACCAUCGGUGCUCGCACGCUGGCCUUCGCCCUGUUCGCCUCCAUGUUCCAGCUUUACUUCGGCAUCUUCAUCGUGGCCCACUGGUGCAUCAUGACCUUCUGGAUCAUCCAGGGCGAGACGGACUUCUGCAUGUCCAAGUGGGAGGAGAUCAUCUACAACAUGAUGGUGGGCGUCGUGUACAUCUUCUGCUGGUUCUCCGUCAGAGAGGGGCGCACUCGCUACCGGCUGCUCGUCUACAGCCUGACGGUGUUCGUGGAGAACGUGGCGCUCACCGCCGCCUGGUACGUGUGCCGGGGYGCCGCCGAGCGCCACGGCAGCUCAGACUUCUACGCGGUGGUCCUGGUGUGCGUGGUGGCCAGCAGCUACGCUCUGGGCACCUUCUUCAUGUUCGUGUACUACUGCCUGCUGCACCCGGACGGCGCGGUCUCAGGGUGGGGUUACACGGUGGAGAAGGAGGUGCCUGUGGAGCUGCUGGCCUCCCCAGCGUCCAGCCUCCCUCCUGAUCUGGUGAGCAGCCCCCCGAGGACCCUCCAGAGAACUAAAGGCUUGGACAGGGAGCAGGCUGGGGUCGACGGAGACGUGUUUAAGGUGCGGCCUCCUAGGGGGGUUAAGCCCCCCUUGCCUGACCUCAAACCCAGGACAGAGGGGCCUGUCAUCCGGAUAGAUUUGCCCAGGAAGAGGUACCCGGCGUGGGACGCUCACUUCAUCGACCGCCGGCUGCGUAAAACCAUCCUGGUGCUGGAGAGGGCUGCCCCAGUUACACCCAGGAUUCAGUACCGCUGCCUGAGCACAGCCAAAGAAGUGAUGGAGUACGAAACCACCGUGUAAUGAGCUGAACGUGCGCACACACACACGCGCACACACACACACACACA